UUUCAAAACACGCCGGAAUUUUGCCUUCCGCCUCUGACGCACUACAUAUGUACAAUGUGCGUACAUAAUGUACAAGUGCAUAACACUGACUAUAUACAUAUGUAUUGCAUCUUGUGACGUACUUGUGGUGUGGUGAGGUGACACAUGGGAAAGAACCAGUUGGGGAAAAUGGCCGACGAUGCGUUUGGUCAUGUUUUGACAAUUUUACUUCUUUGAUUACAUCAGUUUCAAAAUCAGUGCAUUACAUUUCGAAGUAUGAUUUCAAUCGUAUCGUGAAAUAAAUAUCCUGAUCAAGAUUGAAGCAUUGAUCAAUACACGUGUCUUAAUCGAUCAAGGAAAGCCUACCAAAACUUGUCUGAACAUGUUUUGGGUAGCUGCCAUCAGGAAAUACUCAUUAUAAACGCCAAAAAAAUUUGAUAGUAACAUUUACGAAGAUAUUAUACCGUGAAGUUUUUCUACCAUUGAUAAUCAAACACAUUAUAUUGAUUGACAACUUAUGUGAUAUAAUGUAAUCGUAUUGUAUAACAUGAAAGUAUUUAUACUAUUUCUAUAAAAGAGAAAUAAGAAUGAUAUACUUUUGAGGCAGUAAGAUGCCUGUUGGUCCAUUUAAUAAUGGGACAGCAUUUCGCUAGUCUCAGAGAAUUUUUUAGAAUGGGUGGUGAACGCCAGUCUUCCGAAGUAUGUACUAGCAUUAUUCAGCGUGUACUAGAAAUGACGAAUCAAGAUAGCACAGAAAAUUUACAUGAGAAUGAAAAUAAUGGAAAUGUACCUGCGUUAAACUCAAAUUCGUUUCCACGUGGAGAAUGCAAACCGGAUGGAAAUCUGGACAAUGAUCGGUUAAAUUUAGAAGUAGAUAAUCAUAAUUCUAAAUUUGAAACUUUGUAUAAUCAGCCGGUUGACUCUCAGGAUUCGAAGCAAGUUUGUAGCAAUGGAAAUGUUACUAGUGAAAUACUGAGUUACAAGCAACAGAAUAAUUCAGAAGAUAGUCCUAUAAAUCCACCUCUGAGGAGAUCGUCUAAAACUUUGUCGUUUGGUAAACGAAAAAGUAAACAGCGUAAUAAGGAUCAAAACCCAACGUGCACUCACGUUUUAUCUUCUAAGAAAAAACGGAGUAAUUGGGUAUUAAAAUUUAAUUGCGCCAAAAGUAAAGCAUCUAAAAGCACUGACAUUAUUCCGGGUCACGGAAAUAAUAAUUCAGAUUGCGUGUGUACCAGUUACAGACGAACCGAAGAAAAUUCUAUCGGAGCUAAUGUUGUACUUAACAGUCGAUCAGCUCCGCAAAGCCCAGUAUUAGGACCGCUUCCACCAAGUCCAGUAAUUGAUCUUUCAAGAAUCUAUCCAGAGGAGUACCCAAUGGAAGAUUGCGACAAAAGAGCUCGUUUGCAACGUGCUCGAGAAAUGGAGGAAGGUGUAGAACCACCUCCUGGAUACAAGCCUAAUUAUCCAUCUGGGAUACAAGUACACCCGAAUGGGAUAACAGUGGACAGUUUAGCGGCCCUAUUUCAAGCCCACGCUGGCAUACAAGCCGCUGCUCUUACGGCAUUGUCUCAAAUAGAUUUUACGUUAAUUCCGCACAUCGAAAGGCCGGCACAUACGCAGGUUGAUUAUGUCCAUUGCCUUGUACCGGACCUCAGAUCCAUCACAGCUUGUUCCUUUUAUUGGGGCAAGAUGGAUAGAUACGAGGCAGAACGAUUAUUAGAAGGCAAACAGGACGGUACGUUCCUAUUAAGGGACUCUGCGCAAGAGGAGUUUUUAUUUUCUGUGAGUUUUCGAAGGUAUGGACGUUCUCUGCAUGCGCGAAUUGAACAGUGGAAUCAUAAGUUUAGCUUCGAUUCACACGAUCCUGGAGUGUAUGCCUCGGAAACGGUGUGCGGCUUGAUCGAACAUUAUAAGGACCCAUCGUGUUGCAUGUUCUUCGAACCAAUGCUGACGAUACCAUUGCAUCGAAACUUUGCCUUUCCAUUACAACACCUCUGCCGAGCGGUGAUAACCACACGGACAACGUACGACGGUAUAAAUAAGCUGCAGUUGCCAAAGACACUUAAAAGUUAUCUCAAGGAGUACCAUUACAAACAAAGAGUACGCGUUAGGCGAUUGGAUACCGAAAACGAUUUGCGAUCAUACGGAACGUCCAUAUCAUACUUACCUUUAAUAUGAGUCUCCGUAUUCAUAUUCGAUAGAGCUAUCAUAUGUUACCUUAUUAAUUUUCCAUUCGAAACUACCAACUUACCAUCACAGUCAGCGUUAGCAUAUGUACAGUACUGGGACCAAAGAUCACUGCAUGGAUACGGAUUGUCGAUACUUUGAAAACAAAAAAGAUAUUUAUUAAUUUUACGGAAAUGCUACGAAAUUUGAGAAACAAUUGUUUUCCUAACACUUGUCUCUUCCUUAUUUGUUGUCAUUCUGCGUUCUAAAGUAAGACGGUAAUUUCUUCUAAUGUUUAUAAGCUUGCGAUUGCGUUUACAUUCCUACCGAAAGUAUCGAUUGUCUUCAUAUUGAAAUCUUUGAUUUGAAAGUUGCAGAAAGGAACAGUUUGGAUCCACUAUUGUCGUAUGCACAGUAUUAUAGCGUCGAGGAUUAGGAAUUCUUUUCAAAUUUCCUCCUAACAAAACAAAUUGCAAUAUUAGUAACUAAACCAUACAUACUCUACAUUUAAAAAAAAAAUAGUAGAUUAAUUUAAACGAUAGGUUAUUGUUUUAACUGCAUCAAUGUUUGCAUUACGAUUAUGUAUAUAUUUUGAAAAGAAGGACAUGUAUAUACAGUACAAUGGUUGCUUGAGAUACACAAUAUGCUAGAGGUUUUAUAUGCUUUAGCAAUACAAUUUUAUCUUGUUCCUCAAAAUUUAUUUCUAAUUUAACUAAAUCAUGAUUCACGCAUAAUUUAGUUUACGUUUAAUUAAAUUGUGUUCAUAGGAAUUCGUAAGCUCAACAUCAGAAAGCAGUGUUAUCUAGUAUAGUCAUUGAAUUUUUCGAUUGAACAAGAAAAAAAAUAAGAGAAUUUGUGAUUCAUACAGCACCUGUUGUGCCUACUUACAUGCGAAAUAUCAUUAUUGAAAAACUGUGUUCGUGUUCACCAUUAUUAAAUAUAAUGAACAUUACAAAACUGUC